AUGAAUCCUUUAAUUAAAUUAAGAACAGAAGAAGUUAAUAAAAAGAAUUUAGGUAUCUUAUAUGAAAAAUAUUAAAGCUCUUUUACUAGUUUGCAUAUAGAAGAAAGAUUUCAUAUUUAAGAUUUUAAUUUAAAAUAAAUUUACUUUGAAAGUGCAUUUAAAUAAAUAAAAAAUAGGAAUGGGAAAAAUUUGUUCAAACGCAUCAAAAAAGGAAAUGAAUUUCGAGCCAAUAAUUAAUGAAGAUAUCAGUUAUGAUAAGAAUAGCAAAAAGUAAUAACUUAUGCCUUUGUUUGGCAAUUUUAAUAAUAUUUAAGAAUAUGAAUUUACAUCAACAAACCCUUCAUCAUUUAAAUAGAUAAGAUCUAAAUUUUAAGUAGUAUCUCUAGAAGAAAAAGAAAACAUGUACAUUUUUGAUGGAGAAAUUCUUAAAAUGUAAAAUGAUUAAUUAUCAGAAAGAGAUUAAGUGAAAUAAUUUUCUUAAAAACAAAAACCAGAAUUAUUUAAAAAUUUGGAAUAAAUCAAAUGUUUUUAAUAGAUAGAAAAUUAUGGAUCCAAUAAACAAGAAUACUUUAAGUUGGAAUCAUAUUGGUCAGGAGAAAAACUAUAUGAAGUUGGAGGAUUCUACUCUAAGAAUGGGUUAAAACAGGGUUUGUGGAAAGAAACUUUGAAAAAUUUUACGAUGUAAUUUAUAUUAUAAAUUAAUUUUAAAUAUAUAGCAAAGCUUAACUUUAUUUCUUAGGGGAAUACGUAAAUAAUAAAAGAGUUGGAAAAUGGAGAUAUAUAUAUAAGAAUAAGAAGAUGUAAAAAUAAUAUAAAUUAAAAGUGGCGGUGGAUUUUACAAUUAAUUAGGCUAAGCAAGUGGCUAAUGGAUUGAAAUGAGUGAUAGCUUUUGCGAGUAUCUAAAUUUCAUCUUUAAUUGUUAGAGAGAGUUAGAUAUUGUAUUAUGGUUAUUAUAAUAAUGGGUAAAAAGUCAGUGAAUGGAGUAUUUUAUUUAGAAGUGAAUUUGAGGGAUAAUUUAAAGAAGUGUAAAAGAUUGUAAAUAACAAAAUAUUAGAGGAGGUGGAUUGUAUGAUAAUAGAGCAUAAGAAACUUCAAUUAAAAUUGGUAAAUGGAUGGAGUUGAAUGAUGGAUUUAAUGGUAGAUCGUAGGUCUAUUAUUGUGGUGAUUAUAAUAGUGGUUUCAAAAUUGAUAGAUGGGAUAUUUAUUUGAAUAAAGAUAAACGUCAUUAGUUAAUGUAUAAUUUAAUAUGUUAAUCUAUUCUAAGAGGUGGUGGAUUAUAUAAACAUUUAGAUAGAAAUACUUCGAUUAAAGAUGGUAAAUGGAUAGAAUUGAGUGAUGGAUUUUGGAACCAAUCUCAAAUUACUUAUUGUGGAGAUUAUAAAAAUGGUAAAAAAGUUGGUAAAUGGGAUAUUUAUUGGAAAUAAGGCGAAAGCAAUAAUAAAAUGUAUAAGUUUAUAAAUUAAAUAUUAUGUAAACAAAAUUUUAGUGGAGGUGGAUCAUAUGAUGAAUUGUUUAAAGGAAUUUCAUUUAAAAUUGGUAAAUGGAUUGAGUUAAUUGAUGGUUUUUAUAGUAAGGCGUAAGUUAUUUUUGUUGGGGUCUAUAAUUAAGGGAAAAAAAUUGGUAAAUGGAAUAUAUCUUGGAAAUAAAAUGGAUAGAAUCAAUAUACAAAUAUGUAUAUAUGUCUUUAUAAUAGUUUUCUAAUUUAUUAAAUAGUGGUGGUGGAUAAUAUCAUAAAUACUAAGAGGAUACAGUUAAGGUUGGUUAAUGGAUUGAAAUGAGUGAAGGAUUUUGGGAUCAAUCUCAAAUUACUUAUUGUGGCAAUUAUAAAAAUGAUGGUAAAAAGAUGGGUAGGUGGGAUAUUUAUUGGAAAUAAGGCGAAAGCAAUAAUAAAAUGUAUAAAUUUAUAAAUUAAAUAUUAAAUAAACCAAACUUUAGUGGAGGGGGAUCAUAUGAUGAUUUUGUUAAAGGAAUUUCAAUUAAAAAUGGUGAUUGGAUUGAAUUAAGUGAUAGUUUUUAGAGUAAUGCAUUAGUUAUUUUCAAUGGGAAUUAUAAUUAUGGUAGAAAGGUUGAUAAAUGGGAUAUUUAUUGGAAUUAAGUUGAUUAAAGUUCAAAGAUGUAAUAAAUUAUUUAUAAAAUAAAAUGACUAAAAUUACAGUGGAGGUGGAUCAUAUGGAGUUCAGCUGAACAAUAGUUCAAUCAAGAUUGGGUAAUGGACUGAAUUGGGGGAUGCUUAUUCUUUAGAUUCGUAAGUCUAUUAUAAGGGUGAGUAUAGAAAAGGUCUAAAAAUUGGUACCUGGGUCAUUAACUAUUAAUUAAAAAUAAUGUAAUAUAUAAAUUUAUAUAAAAACUUUAAUAUAGUGGAGGUGGAUCAUAUGAUUUUGGUAUUAAGAAUGGGAAAUGGAUUGAAUUAUGUGAAGGAUUUUACAAAGGGGACUAUGGUUCAAAAGAAAUAACUUUUAAUGGAGAAUAUUCAAAUGGUAAAAAAGUUGGCAAAUGGACUGAUAAUAAAUUGAAAAAUUAAUAAUUGAGAAUUAUUUAUUAUGAUUGA